AAUGUCGGUAAGGUUAAUAUAUUUGUCAUUAUUAACGUUAUUAUUAAUGGAAAGCUGAUAGAAGUGCGUUUUAAUUCUCAAAGUUGUUAUUUGAGAAUCUCAAGAUUUACGACGUAGUUUCAAUAAAACAUCGAUAAUUGAAGUGUUAUUUAAGACAUUUUUUUUCUUUAAUUCAAAUAUUUCCGACUAACGUGAAUUCGUUUUUAGAUUGAUUAUUCAUAUUCUUCCGGAAAUUAUCGCAUCUCCUAUACUAGGCACAGAUAAUUCGAUAUCUAUUAUUGUUUCUAAUGAGUUUUUAGAAACUGGUAAAUUGCAGAAAACUUUACGAACUUUAAACAUGUUGUUUAAGACUCCACAACCAGUAACGGUGGAAGGUUAUAUAGUUUGUCUUAAUUAUACGAUAGAAUGCAAAUUAUCUCCAAAAUGGAAUAAAGUUGGACAAUAUUAUAUUCAAGGCAAACAUUUUUAUACAUCUAUGCAAGAAAUGAAUGCAUUAAAACUGCAGAUUUCUAUAAAUGAUGAUAUGCGUAAAACAAUACCUGAAAUAUGUGGCAAAAGAUUACAAAUAUUGUCGCAUCAAAAACAAAAUAUACAAUUUUUUUCGUUAAAUGAAUAUACAUCAAGUCUUCAGAAUAAGCUGUCGUCACCAGGAGAUAAAAAGUCGAGCACAUUUCUUUCAGAUGUGAAAAAUAUUGAAAAAAUACCAAAAUCAGAGUUUUUAUCAAAAUACGAACAUUGGUUAUUAACGGAUACUAAUAAAUCAACGAGUCAAAAUUUAAAACCAACUACACAUUUAUCUGAAAUUGAAAAAAUUCAUACUACAAGUAUACCAAUUGCAGUUAAUAAUAGAAAAACUGUUCUUAAUGAUCUUAGAAUAGAUAAAAUAAACAGUAAUUUAUUAAAUUAUGAUGGAACACUUGCAACAUCUUUAAAUUGUGUACAGGAUACAAAGAAAACAUUUCAAUCUUUUGAGACUAAUAUAGAAUCAAUGCAUUCAAUGCAACUAAAUACACAUAUCAAUUCAAGAGUAAAACAAAAAUUUUUGAAUAUAAGGAAUGAUAAAAAAAUGAAUCAAGAUGUAGAUAUAGAAAUGUUGGCAAAGCUUAACCAAUUAGAUCAAGUAAAAUGUUCUGUUUUAAGUGAUUGGCUACAGAAACAUUCAAUUCCGCAUAAAUUAAAAGAAAAGAAAGCUCAGUUAAUAUUAAAAGUAAUAAAACAUAUAAAAAAGAGAAAAACUUGCAACUAGAAUAGCAAAAAAUUAACAAACACAUUUUAAGUGCAUACAAUUUCAUACAUGUUAAAAGUCUUAUAUAUAAAUGAUAGCUUUUGUUUACUUUAGAUUUAUAAAAAAUAAUAGAUAAUUAAUUUUAUAUAAAAUAUCAUAAAAACAAAUGUGUUACGAAAUAUUUCUAUGAUAUUACAUUUCAAUACUUUGAUAUGUUUUUAUAGCUGUUAAUAUAGAUAUCCUUUCAGCUUCUUCUUUUAUUCCAAUUUCUUGUAAAUCAUUGUCAGAAAGCAUUAGAAUAAGAUCCAUGUCUAUCUAUAUAAAAAAGAAUAUUUUUAUUAUCACUUAAGUAUUUUCAACAGUUAUAAAUUACUUACUUCUUCUUUAAGGAAUGUAGACAUGUGAUGACAUAAACCAUAGCGUUUUAAAAAAACAAUCAUUUUAGUUUGUUGUGAAUUUAGAACCAUUCCUCUUGGUGGAGUUCUGUAACGUGGAGGUGUAGGUGUUUUGUCACCAGAUACAUUUUCAUCAUUAAUAUAUUCAGGGACAUUUGGUGACCGUGUAGGACUAAAUUCCGGUAUAAAUUCAAGGGUAGUAUUAUGAUCAUUUUGAACAGAUGUGAGGUCUAAGUCUGCUGGUCGUAUAGACUGUAAUCUUUGAAGGAAUUAUUAUUUAUUAUCAUCCUUGAAAAAAAUAUUACUAUUUUAAAUAUAAUUGAUUUAUUGUACCUUUUAAGCAUUACAGUAGGUGAAUGUUUUGAAUCUUUUGUAGAUGUAGAGAAUUCUAGCAAUUUAUUAUAUUCUGCUUCAGUUUCUGUCAUAAAUGGAUUUUUUUCAUCAUUUUCUUUAAUGGUGGCUAAAUUUGUACAAUUUUUCACAAAAUAUAUAUUUGGAGAAGUAGGAAAUUCUGUGUUAGAAAUGUCUAUGAAAGUAGGUGAUAUUAGACUUGGUUCUGAUGUAGCUGCAGAUAACAAGUUAAUACUAAGACAUUCUAAAUGUUUUUCUUUGUAAUUACUCUCCAGAGUUUUCAUUAAAUUAGAUUGAUUACUUGUAUCAGUAUGAUAUGUACCAAUAUUUAUUAAAGGGAUAUUAUUAUUAUUAUUAUUA